AUGAAGGCCCAAGCCUGCGGAGGGUGCAUGAGCUCGGUGAACCGCUUGAGUACGCUAAGGAUAGCGAGCGCUUUCCUUACAGUUUCAACGAAUGCUUAUGUUGUUGCGGGGAUGCCACCAUUGGAUCUCCUCGCGCGAGAGAGACAGCAGAAGUAUGCUGGGGCCGAAGUGGCAAAAGAAGACCAAUUGCUUUCUCACUGGCAAAGGAGAUGGGAUGCAUUGCAGAAAGAUCUCUGGACACAUCGACUUAUCCCGAAGAUCAAGGAGUGGUUGGCCAGGAGACACGGAGAAGUGGACUACUAUUUGACACAAUUCUUGACGAAUCAUAGGUGUUUUAAGGCAUGUCUCCUCAAGUUCAAGCACGCAGAGGAUAUACUGCCCGAGUUGUCAGGGAUCAUUGGAAGACGCAAAACAUGUGUUCUUUCACUGCCAGCGCUUUGA